AUGCUCAAAGCGUGUCAAGCAUUAGAGAACAUACGGAAAUUCAAAUAUCUCCACCCAUUACCGCUAUCAUCGGUAUGGCCCUCCACCAGGAGAUCAGCAGUUCUUGUACUGCUCUUUAUAGGACACAAAGGCGAGCUGAGAGUGCUGCUUACGAAGAGAUCUCGAGGGUUAAGUAGUUUCUCUGGCCAUGUAUCGCUGCCUGGUGGUAAAGCUGAUGAUGACCAGGAGACCUUUGAACAAGUGGCAAGAAGAGAAUCAGAGGAAGAGAUUGGACUACCAAGAAGUGCAGAAAUUCUGCACAAGCAAUUUGGGAUGAAGAUCGAUAAUCUUACCGGCCAGAUGCCGUGUUAUCUAUCUCGAACGUUUCUAAGUGUUAAGCCUAUGGUAUGCUUCCUUCAUAAUGACAACUCUAAAGGUAACACGCCUCUCGAUGCCACUCGGUUCUUUGGAAAGCUAAAUCCUGGAGAGACCGCGUCGAUAUUUUCGGUACCAUUGAAUGAUUUAGUGUAUCAUUUGUUCCCACAGGGCCAAGAGUACAAACCUGAAUAUGUUGAACGCCGAGAGUCCAUACGGCGAUGGGGUGGGCUAAGAUGGCCAAUUGGACACUACUACUAUCCCAUAGAUAACCCUCAUGACGUUGCAUGGUUGAAUGUGAUUGAAGAUACGAGUUCUGCUGACGAAUUGGAAGAGGAUUCAACAUGUAGAGACUUAUGGGGUUUGACCGCCAAGAUCCUAUUCGAUCUGUCUAGGAUCGCCAAUGGAGUCACUGAUAACAAUGACUUGGAUAUGGGGAAUGAAGAGCUUUUAUAUGGUUUACACGAAUUCGCCAAUCAAUUACAGCCUGGAAAGAGAAGUGAUUGGGAAAUAGGAAUGAUCACCGGUGAAGCUGGCUUCAAAUACAAGGAUGUGAUACCGGGGUACUAUUUGGAACAAUUGAAAAGAUGCACAAAGUACUAG